AUUUGAAGACCAAUUCAAGUCAAUACGCGUGGAGAAUUGAAUUGAAAUUAUUGCAUGUUGCAAUCAAAAUAUAUUGUAGUGCGUGUUAUAGAGAGGACCACUUUCUUAAUUAGUUAGUUUAAGUUACCCAGUAUCCAUUACCUUGAGCUAUCUCAAAUUAAAGCCGAUGGAGCUGUUAAGGAGCUUUCUCAUUUCACUAUUAUUGUUUCUUUGCUUUACUUCAUCCAUCUUUGUUCUUUCCCAAGAUCCUCAAGCAGGUUUUAUAAGUUUGAAUUGUGGAGGCGAAGACUAUACAGACGACAAAACAGGUUUACGUUAUAUAUCAGAUUCAACCUUCAUCGGCGACAACAACAACGCCGUAUGCAACACUGUGUCUCAAUAUUACAAGGAUCGUGGUCUGGGAAGAGAAUGGAGAAAUUUCACAAGUUUUCCUAAAGGGAUUAGGAACUGUUACACCCUGCGGCCUGCUCAAGGGAAGCUAAAUAAGUACCUGAUACGCGCUAGUUUCUUCUAUGGAAACUACGAUGGCAAUUCCGGCAAACAGCUCCCGCAAUUCGACCUCCACCUUGGUGUGGAGUACUGGGACACCGUCGAAUUUGAUCCCAAAGACGAUACUAAGGUUGUCGACAAGGAGAUCAUACAUACUCCUUCCUCGGACCUCAUACAUGUGUGCCUUGUCAACACCGGCCUCGGAACGCCCUUCAUCUCCGUCCUCGAGCUCCGCCCUUUGGACAAUUUCAUGUAUCCUCCUGUGUCCGGUGGAUCGUCCUUGAUGUUGAACAUUCGUUGGGAUAUAGGCUCCACGGCCACACAAGCUCUCAGGUAUGAGGAGGAUGUUUUUGACCGCAUCUGGGAUCCGUUUACCAUGGAUGGAACUACGCCAAUAAACACUACCUCAACGGUGCACUUAUUAGAAGGAAACGGCAAUAACUUAUUCAACAUGCCGGCGGGGGUGAUGAACACCGCAGUUGUGCCGUCAGAUCCAACCCAGCCGUUAACGUUCAGUUGGUCUACGAAAAAUUCAUCGGACGAGCUCUACAUCUACAUGUCCUUUUCCGAAAUCCAGCAACUCCCAUCGUCAAAUCAAACCCGAGAAUUCAAUAUCUACCUUAACGGCGACUAUUACUUUGGUCCUGGUAUCCCACCUUAUCUGAAGGCCGCUACGGUGAACGACAAAACCCCACACACCAACCGUACUCGCUACCAAUUAUCCCUCGAGAAAACCCAAAACUCGACGCUUCCUCCUAUGAUCAAUGCUCUUGAGGUUUAUCGUUUGAAACACUUCAAUGAACCACAAACCUACGACACCGACGUUGCGGCCAUGAUUAGCAUAAAGUCAGUUUAUGGCGUGAGAAGGAAUUGGGAAGGAGACCCUUGUUCACCUGCGUCUUAUGCGUGGACUGGUCUCCAAUGUAACAAUCAAGGCUUCAGUAACCCCAGAAUCAUAUCCUUGGAUUUGUCCUCAAGUGGGUUGACCGGGCCAAUAUCUUCUUACAUAUCGAACCUUACAAUGAUACAAGUCCUAGAUCUAUCCAACAAUAAUUUGGAUGGACACAUACCUGAUUUUCUAUCUCAUCUUCCUUCACUCCGUGUUCUAAAUUUAGUGAGAAACAACUUCUCAGGGCCUGUCCCGGCCAAACUUCUUCAGAAAUCAAAAGAAGGAAGCAUAUCAUUGAGCAUUGAUAGCUGCCAGAAUGGUUCCUGCGAGAAGAAGAAAAACGUUGUUGUUCCAGUUUUAGCAUCUGUGGCUUCUGUACUCCUACUAGUGCUGGCAAUAGUUGGCAUCUUAUUGGUGAUUAAAAGGAGAAAACAAAGAGAACCAAAACUGGGUAGCGUUGAAUCAAAGAAAAAUGAUGAUUUACACACAAAGAAUCAGCGAUAUAGUUUCGCAGAAAUCAGAGAGAUUACAAACAACUUUGAGAGAGUACUUGGUAGAGGCGGGUUUGGAACGGUUUACCAUGGGAGUAUAGAUGGCACCCAAGUUGCAGUCAAGAUGCUGUCAUCAACAUCAGGCCAAGGCUUCAAGGAGUUUCAAGCUGAAGCCAACGUUCUAAUGAAUGUUCAUCAUAAAAACUUGACGUCGCUUGUUGGAUACUGCAUUGAGAGUACACACAUUGGGAUCAUCUAUGAAUUCAUGGCAAAUGGAAACUUACAGCAGCAUCUCUCAGCUCGAGACCAUAAAGUUCUAAGCUUCCGGGACAGGCUCCAAAUUGCUGCAGAUUCUGCACAAGGGUUGGAGUAUCUUCACCAUGGUUGCAAGCCGCCUAUAGUUCACAGAGAUGUGAAGUGUACCAAUAUCCUGCUCAAUGAAAAGUUCCGAGCAAAGAUAGCUGAUUUUGGGUUAUCGCGAAUAUUUUUGGACGAAAAUGGCACUCAUAUCUCAACCAAUACAGCUGGUACUCCGGGGUACGUGGAUCCCGAGUGUUUCAUAUCAAACAAGAUGACUCAAAAGAACGAUGUGUUUAGUUUCGGAGUUGUCCUUCUGGAAAUAAUCACUGGCCAACCUGCAAUAAUAGGGAAAACCCUUGAGCAUACUCACAUUAGUAAUUGGGUCACAUCCAUGCUGGAGAAUGGGGACAUUAGGGACGUUGUUGAUCCCAUGUUAAUGGGCGAGUUUGAUGUUAACGCAGCUUGGAAAACUGUGGAGGUGGCAAUGGCAUGUGUGUCUCAGAGUUCCGAUAAAAGACCCAACAUGAACGAGGUUGUGAGUGAGUUGAAGGACUGUUUGGCAAUAGAGAUGAGUACACAGGGCACAAGCUCACAAAGUUCCAUUAAUAAUUUCUCUGUCGCUACUUUUGACUUUGAAUCUGGACCCAUUGCAAGGUAAUACGUGGUUCAUCAUUUGUACUUAUUAGUCAACUCCGAUCCGAAUGUUUUUAUACAAUUGAAAUUUCUUACAUUUGAAUUAAUGUUUAGGUACCUUCAAAAAAAAAGAAUUAAUGUUUAGGUGGUAUGUGAUAUUUAUCAAGGAGAGUCACAGAGGUACCAACUGAAUACAAGGUGUUUAGUGUA